AUGGAAAAUGACUAUAAUGUCCUCCUGGUUGUCGCGCAGACGCCUGGAUUUAUGGCGCCGCAAGUACGUACCUUGCUGCACAGUGGAGCUCAGGACCUGCCUGCUGGUUUGGAAGAGAAGCUGCCUUCCCUAGCACCCGUCUACCCUCUCUACUACGGUUGGUUCUGGCCUCCCCGAUGUAAUUGCAAUGACAAAUGCUGCAGUGAAAGUGACCUGUGGACUGUGGAGCCCAGCAAGGAGACAGCAGACCUCUCGGCAGUUAAUCCCCUCUUUGGUAAACUGCCUCCCGCUAAUGAAGGCUAUCCAGCGCCCACGAGACCCCAUGUUACUUCCUACUACAGCAAUUAUGGAGCCCAGCCGGGCGCAAAGGAGUAUGCUGAUCUUUUAAUUGUCAAUGAGGCUCUUCUGGGCCGAGUGGACACCCUUUCGGUGCUCGGCCUCAUGGUCUCCAAACGCACGAUUGGUGCUCGCUUGGAACUGGAGAGUGCCAUGCUGCCCUUCUGGCGUCAGGAUGAUUCGGCGCGCGUAGAAGGUAGCCUGGGCGGAGACUGGCCCUCGCGACCUGUGGGCUCCCGUGCACAUGCAACUCUGGCCUUGGCUAAGGGUGUCGAGGCCGUGGAGACUGGCUUCGAUACAAUGCGAGUGUUUGAUGCAGAGGCGCGGGGCUAUCCGGACACGAAGCGGACAGAAGUUGCGGAUGGCAUCAUCUACGAUAUCACCAUGCCAUCAAAAGGGACUGGCGAGCCUGAACACAUGUUCUACUAUGAGUUUAAAACACCGCUUACCCCUCGCGUCAUGUACACAUCGUUCUAUUAA